AUGUGUAGUAAGGAGGAGGAGUUGAACCUUCUGCUAAGUAAAUUGGAUUUAGCCUUUGAAAAACAUUCAAAGAAGAGUGAAUCUGAUGAUAGCAAGCCGUUUAUAUCAACUUUUGACGUUGAAUAUGAUCAUGAUAAGGUUUUGAGCGGAGUAAAGAGUUUAAUGUCAAAGGGAUACGUAACCCUUGAGGAAAAUAAAUCAAAUGCAUACGUUUUGACCAAAGAAGGAGAAAAAUACUCAAAAGACAAUUCACCUGAAUACCUUCUGGUUCAGAAGGUCAAGGAAUCACCUGGUUUAUCAGUUGAUGACGCACUUAAAUCUGUGGAAAAUGCAGAUAUUGGUUUGAAGAAAUGUAUGCGGAACAAGUAUCUAAAACUUGAGGAUAAGGUUUUAUCGCUUGGAUUAAACCCGUUUGAUACGGAUUUGACUAAGAGUAUGUUGGAAGUGGUGAACAAACACGGAAACUGUGAGACUUCUAUGAUGUUGGAUCUAGCUAAGUUGAUCCCAGAUAGGAAGAAGUUGGAUGAAGAAUUGGGUGACUUGAAGAAGAGAAAGCUGGUUACAUCUAAGGUAACAAUGUGCUAUAAUGUAAGGAGGACUGAUGAGUACAAGUCCUCAGUAAGGCCACAAAUUACAGAUCUCACAAUGGAGUUGUUGGAGAGCGGAAAGUGGGAGGAAGCAGAAAUUAAAAAGUACAACUUCUUCUCAAGUGGUAAAAGGGCACUUAAUGGAGACCUACACCCGCUGAUACACACAAUGCACGAGUUUAGGAGAAUAUUAACAUCCAUGGGAUUUGAGGAGUUGGAUACGAGUAGGUAUUUGGAGUCCAGUUUUUGGUGUUUUGACAGCCUGUACAUACCACAACAACACCCAGCAAGGGAUAUACAGGACACAUUCUUCCUUGAUAACCCUGAAAAGGUUAAAGUUAACUUUCUGGACGAGACACAUGUUAAAAACGUUUCAGUGGCUCAUGGAGAUGCCCGAGUAUAUAACAGCUUCGGAUGGCAAUAUAAAUGGGACCUUCAUGAAUCACUUAAAACAGUGUUAAGAACACACGUCACGCCAUGCUCCGCAAGGAAACUUAAACAAAUAGCAGACGAUUACCAAAAGGGGAAUCCUAUAGUUCCUUGCAAAUUCUUUGCAAUUGACAAGGUGUUCAGAAAUGAGGCCACUGACUCUACACACCUUUGCGAAUUCCACCAGAUCGAGGGGUUUGUUGUGGGCUUUGAUCUGGGUCUAGGGGACCUUAUGGGAGUUAUGGAAACCUUCUAUGGAGCUAUAGGAAUAGACCCACUGAGAUUCAAACCAGCAUUUAAUCCUUACACUGAGCCCUCAAUGGAGAUAUUCGGAUACCAUAAAUCACUGAAUACCUGGAUGGAAGUUGGAAACAGUGGUAUUUUCAGGCCAGAAAUGCUCCUUCCAAUGGGACUUCCAGAGAAUCUAACGGUAAUUGCAUGGGGACUCUCACUAGAGAGACCAACAAUGCUAAGCCACAACAUUAAAAACAUUAGAGACUUAAUCGGUUGUAAAUACUAA